AUUCUUUGGGAAGGCAUUGUUAUGCAAAUAAAGGACGCGUAAAAAUAUUCCCCCGGAGCACGGCGCAGGGCAGAGACUCACACGGACCGCAAGAAGGAGGAACGCACGCAUUCCGGGGCCACGAAGUGGUUUAUCUGUCGCCACGACACGGACCCGUCCAUCUGUCGCAGACAUCUUCAUGGCCACAUGAGCAGCGACAUAUAGCCAGGAAGCUGGUUGAACCGUUGAAGGAAAGCCGACAGGGAUUCAACAACGAGGAGGCUGCCCUUUGGUGAUUGUGGUCAUAAACUUCCAGUCCUCCCAGUGAAAUCGGAGGUGUCUCUUCUUCAUCUUCUUGUGCAGGCUACCUGCUGCUGCUACUUCAGAAGGAAAACUACAUCCAGAGACCCCUGGAGCGCUUCUUGACACUUUUAUGUUUUAGGGAAUUUAGGAUCUCUCGAUUAUUGACCUUUUUGCACACCAGGUGUGCCAUUUUCCCCUCUUGUCCAUUUUGGGAUAUAUCCAGCAAUCAUUCCCCCUUAAAGUGCCUUGAAACUGGGUAUAAUCCAGUCUAACUGUGGCACUGUUACCAGACCAGACCCUCGACACAGCUUUAGAGCCGAGGCAGGAUUAUUUCUCGCCCCCCUCACCCUCCAGCGAGCUGUAACUAUGAGCCAGGCGGAUGUGUCGACUUGCUCCGCGCCGCAGAGGGUUUUCCAGGAGGCGGUGAAGAAGGGAAACACCAAGGAGCUGCACUCCCUGCUGCAGAACAUGACGAACUGCGAGUUUAACGUCAACUCCUUCGGGCCGGAGGGACAGACGGCCCUCCAUCAGUCCGUCAUCGACGGCAACCUGGAGCUGGUGAAGCUGCUGGUGAAGUUCGGCGCAGACAUCCGACUGGCUAACAGGGAAGGCUGGAGCGCUUUACAUAUUGCCGCCUUCGGGGGCCACCAGGACAUUGUGCUAUACCUCAUCACCAAGGCCAAGUAUUCCUCUGGGGCCCGGUGAUCUGUCUCUGCUGUCAGGCUUUUGGAAAAGGAAACCUGCAAAAAUCACACACUGCAAGCAUGGAUGGAUGCAACAUUUAGACAAUGGGUGAGUGAAUAAAGCCUGGAAAUAAGAUUUUUUUCCAGAAUUUAUUUUAUUUUUCCAUACAGCGUAGGAACCCUGUGUGACAAGUGACUACAUCAUCGUUGUGAAGUACUGUACACAAUAGCUUUACCUUUUUUGACAGUAGCUGAAUGGGCUCUGCAAACACACAGCUUGCCAUUGCUGGUGUCCCGACCUUUCAGGCCAGUGCGACCACACCGCCCUGGUGGUCAUUGUAUUAAGAACCGCUGCUUUCGCUUUGUAUGUUGUUAAAAAAAAGGAAAAUUUGGAUUUCACUUUAUAAUCUCCUUUCAGUAUUCUGUUAAGAUCCUAAUCAUCACUGUGAAAGCAGGCUGAUUUUAUUGUUUUUUCUUUUAUAUUUAUGAAGGUACAUUGAAAAGAUGCAUUUUGAAUAUGUUGUGGUUCUACUUUUAAAAGAAAAACAUCUGUAGAGUCAGAAUUUAGUGGGUGACUCAAGCUGCUUCAGACUCUUCUUUUUUUUUAGUGCAAACCUGCAACCCCCCUCCUUAGAUGACCCCCACAGCUUUAGUCUGUUGACCCUCAAGAGGAUUUCAAUUAAUCUGACUUUUUUUGUUUUGUUUGGUUGCCCUUUUCCCAGCUACCUCGACUGUAAAGUAUUCUUAUGCCGUUCUGCCUUCUUCCAGCUUGCCCCACCAAUCAUGCCAGUAUCUGUCUGCUAUGUAACCUUAACAGAGAAGAUGGACUUCGGUGCAGAAGAUGCAAUGCAUUCCUCAGUCAGGAGAGUUUAAGUAACACUAAAACCAAACCAGUGCUGACAAAAGCAUGCACCCCAUCUAAUCUCCACAUCACUCUCUGUCUCUCUCUAUGUGUCCUCAUCAGCCUGUUUUAUUAUGAUUUGUUUCAUUGUAUAGCAUGACUUAUAAAUGCAGGGAGUUUUAUUGCACAAAAAUACAGAGCCUUGCGCACCCCUAGUGUUCAAAUGGGGUAACUUCCGAAGGCUUUGGAAAAUUUUCUACUACUGAGCAGGAUCCUUUUUACUGAUGGAUGAUGAAGACUUUAUGAAUAAAUAACAACGCAUGACUAUUGCAGGAUAUCACACAUCAAAUAAAAAGGAAAAUUGGGUUUGUAAGCUUGCCUGCUUCAUUUUGAAAGUCAUGACACCCUAACUUUUUUUUAACAAUGCUGCUUGUUUUGUGUCUUUUCUUAUUGAUGAUUUUUUUUUUUUAAAGCCUACUGCUUCACAGCAACACUGGUCCAACUCAUGAGAAGCUUUUUUUUUUUUUAAAGAAAGUGUCUUUUAUUUCCACGUGAGCCUGACAUGUGUCUGUGUUUGCUUCCCAUGGGGGCCCGUGUGACUGGGUUUAAACAGUCAUCAGCCAGACUGAGAACUUCCCUGGAGUAAUCAUCCAGAAUCCUAUAAUAAAGCCCCACUACAUCAAGGUAUAGAUUCACAUCAGGCAACAAAUAAAAUAUGCAUCGCUUGUGUUUAAACUUGAUCUUUUUUUUUUUAAGAAAAAAAAAAUAUUGCACUGAUGACUGUUGUUGAAAAGUUGGCUUUAGUGUGUCAACAUUUUAUUUUUUUUCUGAAUAGAAAAAAAACAAACACAACAAAAUACUAUUGUAUAUGUAUAUGCUCCAGGUGAUAAUGUCCUAAUGUAUGUUUUACUUUGUGGAAAAAAUACCUGUUUUUCAACAAAGAUGUGUGUAUCUCUGUGAUUGGGUAUAUGUAUAUAUACAUAUGGAUAUAUAUUUCAAUGCUGAUGAUGAUAUCUUGGGGCACUUUCUUUUCUGAAGUGCUGUCUUCCUGUUGUGUCAUUUUAAAAGGGGGAAUAAUACAUUUGAUGGUAAGAUCAUUGUAAUGUGGUAAAAAAUUGCACGCUUGUGUGGUUAUUCGGCUCACCUAGUCAUAACAUUUAUGAUGUGCAGAGCCAGCUGUCGGAUGGUGUACAUGAGUGAGAGGAUAUUUUUUUUCUAGAAAAAACAGAGAAGAAAAAUAAAAAAAAAGAAAGAAAGAAAGAAAGUAAGUGCAGAAUUUUUUUGGGGUCAGUCAGCCACCUUGUGUUUCUGGUCUUGCUUAAUUUCAAGCAAGAGGAAACGGAUAAUUCUUUAAUGAGCGAUGCAGAUGUUCCAUCUUGUCUGUUUUGUUAUUUUUUUUGUAUACUUUUCAUUUUGAACAUUUGUAACACUGUGAUGAUGGUGACGUGACGUCACAUUGAGAUGAGUGCUGUAUUAUUUUUGUACGUUUGUGUACAAGCCAGUAAAGAAAUCAUUAAACUAAAAAAAAAAAAAAGGA